GUGCUAUUAACACGCUUUCCGAUUUUGCUUGGCAGUAUUGGUGAUUAAUUAUUUGCUUGUUUUGCAAUAUCUGAUUUUUUUUUGCAUGCAUUGCUUUCUUGAUGGCUGAUUAUUUGCAUUUUUGGUAGUAUUUUCAAGACUUGCAAUUUUGGUGCAUGAGUUUAUUUGUACUGCUGGUGGUCAAGGCGGAGGGAGGGUGGUGUGGCGGUGCAGGGCUCAGGAUGGCUCAAGAAAGCAGUUGGAGGGCAUGUUGUAGGCUGCCCAGCAAGAGCAAGGUGUCCAAGAGAGAGAGCCGGAGUGUCCGCUCCAAUCUGUUGCAGGACAAGCCGGUGCGUCCACACGCCGGCAACAGGCUCAAGACAACCAAGUACUCUCUGCUUUCCUUCCUGCCCAAGAACCUCUUCGAGCAGUUCCACCGCUUCGCCAACGUCUACUUCGUCUUUAUCGCCCUGCUGAACUUUGUGCCCAUCGUAGGGGCGUUCCAGCCUGAGCUAGCCCUGGCUCCUGUGGUCUUCAUCCUCGCAGUGACUGCAUUCAAAGACCUUUGGGAGGACUAUAGGAGGUACAGGUCUGACCAGGAGAUCAACCAUAUGGACUGCCUCAUCUACUGCAGGAAUGAGAAAAAGUACGUGGAAAAGUAUUGGAAAGAGGUUCAAGUGGGGGAUUUUGUUCGCUUGCGAUGCAAUGAAAUCAUUCCCGCCGAUAUCCUGCUGUUGUACUCCAGUGAUCCUGAUGGUCUCUGCCACAUUGAAACCGCUAACCUGGAUGGAGAGACCAACCUCAAGCAACGACAGGUUAUUAAGGGAUUUACAGAGCUGGAGACUGAAUUUGACCCCAUGAAGUUCAACAGUGUUAUAGAAUGUGAGAAGCCAAACAACGAUCUGAACAGAUUUCAAGGUUACAUAGUAUACAAAAAUGACAAGAAAGCUGGACUUUCUAAAGACAAUCUCUUACUUCGGGGAUGUACCAUUAGAAACACAGAAGAGGUUGUGGGCAUUGUAAUCUAUGCAGGGCAUGAGACUAAAGCCAUGUUAAACAACAAUGGCCCACGUUACAAGCGCAGCAAACUGGAGAGACAAAUGAACAUAGACGUCUUCUGGUGUGUUAUCAUCCUUGUCGUGAUGUGUCUUUUCUCUGCCAUUGGUCAUGGUCUCUGGGUAGCUGGGUAUGGUGAUCAGCGGCCAGUAUUUGAUGUCCUCAGCAUUGAUGGCACCUCCUUAUCUCCUGCAUUAUCUGGAUUAUACUUGUUCUUUACGAUGAUAAUUGUGCUACAGGUGCUGAUUCCAAUUUCACUGUACGUUUCCAUUGAGAUUAUUAAAAUUUGCCAAGUAUUUUUCAUCCAUCAAGACAUUGACCUGUAUGAUGAGGAGACUGACUCUCACCUGCAGUGCCGGGCACUGAACAUCACAGAAGAUCUGGGACAAAUACAGUAUAUUUUCUCUGACAAAACUGGGACACUGACAGAAAAUAAGAUGGUGUUCCGACGAUGUACAGUAGCAGGGGUUGAGUACUCUCAUGAUGCGAAUGCCAAGAGGUUGGCCAUGUACCAAGACCUUGACUCAGAGGAUGAAGAAUGUAUGUCCAAAUCAGGAACAAUACCAAGGUGCGAUAGCACAUCCAGUCACCAGAGUGCCAAAGUUGUCCACAGAACCCAAAGCACGAAGUCUCAUCGUCGGACUGGCAGCAGAGCAGAGGCUAAGAGGGCCAGCAUCCUGUCCAAGCACACUGCUUUCAGCAGCCCCAUGGAAAAAGAUAUCACACCUGACCCUCAACUGUUGGAAAAGGUGAAUGAAUGUGCCAGUCAGCUGGAAGUUUUGAGACAACGUAGCCAACCAUUAAGCCAGUUGACCCCUGAACUAUCUGACAUCAUUGACUUUUUUAUAGCACUGACUGUUUGUAACACUGUGAUGGUUUCAUCCCCGAACCAGCCGAGACACAAGGGUCGAGUCCGCUUUGAGCUCAAGUCUCCAGUCAAGUCGUUAGAAGAUUUCAUCAAAAGGUUUACCCCCAGUCGCCUCACCUCGGGCUCCAACAACAGCAGCUCCUCCAGUCUUUCCACAAGUAAAUCUCUGCACAGAAUCUCCUCCACCACCUUGGCCUCUCCUGCCUCAGAUGCUGCCUCCACUAGGAUGGGUGAAGAGUUUGGCAGAUCCCCCCAGCGGGAGAAGAAUGAAAAUGGCUUUUGGGCGGAGAGCACAAUAGCCGAGGGAAAGGACGGAGAGCUGCGCUACGAGGCCGAGAGCCCAGACGAGGCUGCCCUUGUUUACGCAGCCAAGGCCUACAACUGCGCCCUCGUCGAGCGACUCCCAGAGCAGGUGACUGUGGCGCUGCCUUAUGUGGGCAAGUUGGCCUUUGAACUCUUGCACACGCUGGGGUUCGAUGCCACAAGGAAGCGGAUGUCAGUGGUGGUGCGGCACCCUCUGACCGAUGAGAUUGUUGUUUACACUAAAGGAGCAGACUCUGCCAUCAUGGACCUCCUCCAGCAGCCACCCACAGAGGAGAACAACACAGGCAAACGCACAAGGAAAAUUCGGAACAAAACCCAGAAUUACCUAAACCAGUAUGCUGCAGAUGGACUGCGGACACUCUGCAUUGCCAAGCGGGUCUUGCAUAAGGAAGAGUAUGCACGUUGGCUGGAAAACCGCUUGGAGGCAGAAUCCUCCGUUGAAAAUAGAGAUGAGCUUCUGUACCAGUCAGCAGUCUGUUUGGAGAUUGACCUUCAGCUGUUAGGGGCCACAGGCAUCGAAGACCGCUUACAGGAGGGUGUUCCUGAAACAAUAGCUAAUCUACGAAAAGCUGCUUUGCAGAUAUGGGUACUCACUGGGGACAAACAGGAAACCGCAAUCAAUAUCGCAUACUCUUGCAAACUCCUUGGUCAAGAUGAAGAGCUUCUCACCAUGAAUGCUGAAUCUCAGGAGGACUGUGCAGCUUUGCUGGAGCAAUGCUUAAACAACAUAGAAUCAAAGAGUCCUCAGAACAAACGUUCGCAUGUUACUGCAAAUGGUUUGGUUGCCUCUGUCCCUUCAAAUGGAACUUCGUCGAGCUCGGCUGCACUGCGACACAACUUCAGCUUGGUAAUCGAUGGGAGGACUCUGACCUUUGCAUUGGAGAGAACACUGGAGGACAAGUUUCUUGCGUUAGCCCAAAGUUGUCAUACCGUGUUGUGUUGCCGUUCCACACCAUUGCAAAAAAGCAUGGUCGUCAAAUUGGUGCGGGACAAACUAAAAGUAAUGACCUUGGCAAUAGGAGAUGGGGCCAAUGAUGUGAGCAUGAUCCAGGUUGCUGAUGUUGGAGUGGGAAUCUCUGGCCAAGAAGGGAUGCAGGCAGCAAUGGCGAGUGACUUUGCGAUCGCACGGUUUCGACAUUUACAAAAGCUCCUGUUGGUCCAUGGUCACUGGUGUUACUCCCGUCUUGCCAACAUGGUGCUGUAUUUCUUCUACAAAAAUGCAAUGUUUGUUGCGCUCCUUUUCUGGUACCAGUUCUUCUGCGGAUUUUCGGGUUCAACAAUGAUCGACCAGUGGUACCUUAUUUUCUUCAACCUUCUGUUUUCGUCCAUCCCUCAACUCAUCACUGGAAUACUUGAUAAGGAUGUUUCAGCAGAAACCUUGGUGGCCUUACCUCAUCUGUAUAAAAGUGGACAGCAUUCUGAGGAAUACAAGCCAUACAUGUUCUGGAUGAACAUGAUUGAUGCCCUCUACCAAAGUCUCGUCUGCUUCUUCUUUCCAUAUUUGGCUUACCAGGAUUCCGAUGUUGAUGUCUUUACAUGGGGAACACCCAUAACCACCCUAGCUCUAUUCACAAUCUUAAUGCACCUGUGCAUUGAAACUAAAACAUGGACUUGGAUACAUGUCACUUCCAUUGCUUUCAGCAUCGUUCUGUUCUUCACUGUUGCACUGAGCUACAAUGCAGCUUGUCCUAAAUGCUACCCGCCAUCCAAUCCAUACUGGACUAUGCAGAGGCUGAUGGUGGAUCCAAAGUUCUAUCUGAUUUGUGUUCUCACACCAGUGACGGCCUUACUACCCAGGUACUUGUACCGAGUCUUUCAAGGCACCUUGUUUCCUACACCGAUCCAGUGUGGGCGUCAGCUGGAUAGGCUGCACCCUGCGGCUUGGAGCCGUUUGAGUAAAUGGAAUGUCCCAGGCAGUUCUUCAGUCAUGCCGAAACCUGAUUUAGUGACCCCUCUUUCAACGCAGUCUGGAGUUGGAGUAGUUGAUUCCUCAUCCAGCAAUCGCCAAAGUGUUCCCAUGGAUGCAAACCAAACCUCUAAUGGACCAAGAAAUAAGCAACUGGCACCAGAGUUACAAGAAACCAGUUUAGCUGCUAGAGAGUUUGAAGGAAUUGCCAAAUGUGACCUUGACUUUGAUGUCAAAGUGAGGUCAACUAUAUUGGAUGCAGAAACGAACCAUUUAGCCUAA